ACCACAGAUCCGGAGGGACCACUUGCAAGCCAUGGUGGGGCUGGAUGAUCGGCGCUCGGAGGGUAGCGACAGUGGCUCCGACGCAAGCGACACAAGCCAGGAUGAGCUGAUCACGGUUCCAGGCUUUGAGGGGACGGGCAUGGAUGGGGCUGCCGGCCAGUCGGCCAUGUCGAUUCCCUCAGCCAGCACCAACUUCGACGUCAGUGGCGCUGGUGUGAAGCCGGCAGUCCCGUUGACCUACAAGGAUAUCAGGCGCUUCCUUCUGCCUGGCGAUAUCGCCAACAUCCUUGGCGGCAAUGUCUGGGGGCAUUGUGGACUGAUCAUCAAGGCUGAUGAGGUCUACCGCUUCCCCGUUCUCUAUGGGAGAGUUCCCAUUCCGCCGAACCAAAAGGACAGGAAAGAGGAACCCCCCAAUCAGAUCAGAGAAAUCGACUACAACGUCGACGUGUUCAUAUUGGAGAUACUACAAAGUGCAUCCAAUAUGCCGGCGAUCAUUCUAUCGCAGAUUGGCGUCAUAGUCCAUCCGGACAACAACGACAUUUGCAUGGUCAAGCGGAUUCGGGGCGGUGUGCUCCUGAGAGAGAGCCACGACGGGAGGCCGUUGAUUUGUCAGCUUCUUCUCUCGCCUUUCAACAGUGAGACGUUGGACAGGUCGCUCCUAAACGCGGCCGUCAGCGAGGUGAUGACCGCGCCGGAGACGCGCUGGAGCAAAAGCACCGCGGUGCGGGCCUUCUUCCGCCGAGCCAGUUUGAAGGCUUCCAGGUACUACAGCCGGGCCCGCCGGCGGAAGCUGGCGGACCACUUGGAGCAGACCUGGCUGCAACGGCCCGUUUGCUCCACCGUGCCCCCACGGGUGUGGCAGAAGUAUCUGCAGAAGCGAAGCCUGCGCCCGCGGCUGCAGCUGCCUGCCAAGAACGAGGAUGGAUCCAAGGUUGCUCGUGGUGAAGGAGCCGGGCAUCACUUGCUGUACUGCGGGCGUAGUGGAACGGUGGAGCAAGAAGCAGAAGACUCCGGCGCGCCCGCCUGCGUGUGGUGCUGUGGCGCUUCCGGGGCCCGUGGCGCCUGCGGGCCGCUGGAAGGUCGGCAAUGCCAGGCGUGUCUUCGUGGUCAAUGGGUCUUUGCCUCUGAUGAUCCAGAGCCGCCAGUGGCCUUUGCCGAGGACGUGCUGCGCAUCGUGCCCGUGAAAGACGACCGGGUGCUCCCGGAGGAGCUGGUCACGAGCCUUUUGGACACAGGCCUCUGGGUGCAGCUGGACAUCAAGGCCGGGAUCCCCCACCAUCGGCGCGAGGUCCUGAGGCCCGCGCGGAGAGGAGAACGCGUGCAUGCCACCAUCUGAGUCGGGGCCCGGAGCCCGGAUCCCGGAUCGACGCACAAGAAGGGGGUCAUGUGGGUUUCGGAAAC